AAAUGGGAUAGGACAGAGUUCCGGGUGCCGGGCAGCCGCUGAGAGAAGCAGAACGUGGUAGCUGGUAGUGGAAAAAGGAAAGCCGGCAUGUUCCGAAUCGAGGGCCUCGCGCCGAAGCUGGACCCCGAGGAGAUGAAACGGAAGAUGCGCGAGGAUGUGAUCGCCUCCAUACGGAACUUCCUCAUCUACGUGGCCCUGCUGCGAGUCACACCUUUUAUCCUAAAGAAACUGGAUAGCAUAUGAAGAUGAACAUCACAUGUGAAUGCAUGAUAAGAGGAACCCGGUUACAACUUCUACUUCUGUCUGCAAAUGAAUAGGCCCCGGAAGAUGUAAGAGACUCUGAAUGGACAUAAAAAUUCUACUAAUUAAGAAUAAGUUUGGCCUCUGGUAACUGACCUUCAUAGCUAAAAUUUAAAACUGCUUGAGAAGUAAAGACAUUUUGUGGUGAUGGUACACCCAUAUGCUUGUGAUGUUCAGCCUCUGUGAAUGUUGAUAUAAUUAAUUGUAAGUAAUGUUAAACUCCAUUUUUUAGCAAGUAUAAAUUAUAAGGGAAUUAUGUCUGCAAUAGCACUGUCUUCUUAGUCAUUUCUGUUUACCUUUUUACUUCUGUCUGGAGUAUAUUUGUUGAAGAGUUCCUUUUGAUUAGUUAUAUUUUACAGAAGCCAGCACACAGCCACAACAACAUUUAAGCCCAGGACCAUUAGUCUAUAUUUUUAAUUAAAAUACCAACUAAGAAAAAAAUUGGAUUUUAUUUCUCUUAACCUGCUUUUUGCUGCAGACCAACAAUCACUGGAGGAAAGAAAAUCGCUAAUUGAAAAUAUGUUCAUGAUACUGAGAGACUGAAGACUAAUUUUUAUGGGACAGUGCGGAAACAUCAUGGAGACUACUGCUGGAUGUCAUACAGCAAUGGGAGUUUAUAAGAUGCUUUUCUUCCCAAAAUUCAGAUUGCAUUGCCUCUGAUUAUUUGAACUGAUGACAGAGAAGCAAUAUAUAGGUAAUUUAAAAUAACAAAUAUUACAAAAAAGUUUUUAGAAAUGUGAUAGAAAAGAAUUAAAACUAGGAAAUGGUGAAAUGAAUUGCUCAUCUUAAUAUCAUUAGUAAAAACUCAGCUUUUAUUUGAUUUUAGUGUACUUUUGAGUAAAAUUUAAUAGGCUUACUAUUGAAUCUUUAUGUCAACUAAAGUUUUAUAAAUGCUCAAUUUU